GGUUUUGCUGGCCGCGGGUGGCGACGGGGGGGUUGUCCAAGAUGGCGUUGUUGGAGGAAGAGGCGCAGGCGUUGCUGGAUGAGGAUUCGCAACCCAAGGACCAUUCUCAACCCAAGGACCAUGGCGACCCUGCGCGCAAGCCCAUGCUGGCCUUGUGCGACCCACAGCGGCUGGCUCACAGGCUGCUGGUGCUGGCGCUCAUGUGCUUCCUGGGCUUCGGCAGCUAUUUUUGCUAUGACAUUCCAGCAGCUCUGCAGACUCAAGUUCAGAGGGAUAUGAAAGUGAACACAGCUAAGUUCAUGGCACUGUAUGCCUGGUAUUCGUGGCCUAAUGUGUUUCUCUGUUUUUUUGGAGGCUUUUUGAUAGACAGAGUAUUUGGAAUAAGGUGGGGUACAAUAAUAUUCAGCUGUUUCGUCUGUGUAGGACAAGUAAUUUUUGCUUUGGGAGCAAUAUGUGAUGCUUUUUGGCUGAUGGAAUUUGGCAGAUUUGUAUUUGGGAUUGGUGGUGAGUCCUUAGCAGUGGCACAGAAUACCUAUGCUGUGAGUUGGUUUAAAGGAAAAGAAUUAAAUCUUGUUUUUGGACUGCAACUCAGCAUGGCUAGAAUUGGGAGCACCGUGAAUAUGAAUAUUAUGGGAUGGGUGUACUGGAAAGUUCAUGAUCUGUUUGGUUCUACAGGCCAUACCACUCUGGGCAUAGCACUCUUGAUAGGUGGUACUACAUGUAUCUUUUCUCUAGUUUGUGCUCUUAUUCUGGCUUACCUGGACAAAAGAGCAGAGAAAAUUCUUUGCAAAGAACAAGGGAAAACUGGUGAAGUAAUAAAAAUAACUGAUGUAAAAGACUUCUCAUUAUCAUUAUGGCUCAUAUUUUUAAUCUGUGUUUGUUAUUAUGUGGCUGUCUUCCCUUUCAUUGGACUUGGAAAAGUUUUCUUCAUUGAGAAAUUCAAAUUUUCUUCUCAAGCAGCAAGUGCGAUUAAUAGCAUUGUGUAUGUCAUAUCGGCCCCAAUGUCCCCUAUCUUUGGAAUUCUAGUAGAUAAAUUUGGAAGGAACAUCUCAUGGGUUAUGUGUGCAGUGGUGGGAUCUCUAGCCUCUCACAUUAUGUUGGCCUUUACUUUCUGGAACCCUUGGAUAGCAAUGUGUUUGCUUGGAGUUGCUUAUUCCUUGCUUGCCUGUGCCUUAUGGCCUAUGGUUGCUUUUGUUGUCCCCGAACACCAGCUGGGAACUGCCUAUGGAUUCAUGCAGUCGAUCCAGAAUUUGGGCCUUGCAAUCAUUGCCAUUGCUGCUGGUAUGAUAUUGGAUUCCCGAGGAUAUUUCUUCCUAGAAAUUUUCUUCAGUUCUUGUUUGUGUUUGGCCCUUCUUGCUGUAGUUAUGUUAUACUUUGUGAAUUUGUUCAGAGACGGAGACCUUAACUGGUCUGCAAAGAAGAGAGAAAAAUUGCAGAAGUUAGCCAUGGCUGAAAAAGAAAUCUGAAUAGGAAAUACCUUCCAGAACUGGGCAGCACUUGAUCAACAACAAUCCCGUUGAAGAAUAUUCUAGUACAUGUACAUGUUCAAGUGAUAGACCUCAAGUUGCACUCAAAAGUAGUUCACUCAGGAAAACUCAGUUACAUUUGCUGAACAUAACAGCAUGUCAAACGUCUCUCUUAAUCAAGGCACCCGGACUGCAAGCAGAGCAUACUUUUUGUAUAUAUGUAUACUCCACAUCGUUGAACAGACCUACUCUAUUUGAAGCGAAGUCGGCUCCUUCAGCUCACUGAAGUUAAUUGGCAUGUGAAUAGUGAUAUCUACCCUUCUGUUUUGUGAAAGGGUGGUUUGUCUACAAGAUAAUGAUGUCUUGGUAUUCACCAGCUUGUUUUCUGAAGGGAUUGUUUGUUACAAAAUGUGAUGAGUCUCAUUGCAAACCAUGACUUUGUAAUAUUGUAUGUCUUACAGGACCAAAAGAAUGUAAAUAAAAUCCUAGUGGUAUGAUUUUUUUUAAAAAAUAUAUCAUUGAAAAACAUCAUCCUACUGAUCAAAAGCCAUGUUACUUUUAAAAAAGGGCAGCUAAGUUGCUGUUUUUUGUUUUUUUUUGUAUUACAAUUGUUUUCUGAUUUUUUUUUUUGUUACGGGCAGAGAUUAUACUUUGGUUGACCAUGUUGAAACUUGCACUUUGCACUUACAUUUGACCUUAAAUAAUAAAUAUUGGACAAGAGUGUA